CCGCCGCACAGAGCGCUGCCUUCGUGCCUGGGCAGCCCGAGUUCGGCGAUCGGCAAAAUCCUGCUGGUUCCGCCCUUGGCCCUUGGCUGCAUAGCGCAAAAUGAGUGUUGUUGUGGUCUGGUGAAGGGUCGAAACGACCGUCGGACGUCGCCUGCACGCCCGGGAGUCGCCGCGAGAUGGACUUGCACGCCGGAAUCCGACCCAAUCGUCUGCAAAACAGCCUCUGAAGGAGCAGCAGCUCAGACAGUCCGGAGGCGGAGAAUCAUUGAAGGAGUUCUCCAAAUUAAGUUUAAAAAAAAUAGCUAAAAAAUGUCGGGGAGCGGCGGAAUGGACCGAAAGAACAAAAAGAGUAGCCGGGCGCAAGUGUGGGAGGAGGCGGGUGGCGAGUUUUACCAGGAGAGCUACCCUGGCGCGUCGGCCUCUGCCUCCACGGACAACCCUGACUCGGAUGCGGUCGCGCACAGGGACGCGGCGGCCCACCUGGCCACCCUGCUGCCCAGCAAGCAGGCUCAGCACACAAUGGGGAAAGCAGCAACUACACGCAGAUCUCGUAAUGAGGGUAAGCAGUCUACGAGAAAGCGCACAGGAACCAGAUCUCGUUUUAAUAACACUGUGAGGAGGGAAUCUAAUAUUCACGACAUUCACAUCUCACUGCCAGACUUUUCUGUUGAGAAUAUUCCAAAUGAAGAGCGGACAUGGGAGGAAAUCAUGCAGAUCAAAGCUAUGCCUGUGAACAUGGCACAAAAAAGAGAGCUGAAAGCAAAGUUAAAGAGUGCAACUAAGUUGCGACUACAGGGUUUAGAGCAGCUGAAAUGGCAGAGGCGAAAGUUUUGGCAACAGUGCAAGAGCAACUGGAAGGAGUUUUACUCCAAGAUGGAGCUCUGGCAGGGCAGUCUGAAGACCAUCGAGGGCAACUUUGGCAUCGGGGUGGUCUCGUACUUCCUUUUUGUCAAAUGGCUCAUGUUUCUCAACAUCAUCAUCUUUGCCCUGACCUUCUUCCUGAUUGUCCUACCGACAAUCGUCCUCGAACGCAGCCCCAGCAAAAUUUGCAAUCCUGACGACAGAAACGGUUCGACAGUCGAGUGCUGCGCCCUGGACUACGACAAGAAAACCUCCUCCAGCAUCAACCUCUACGACCUGGUGCAGGGCACCGGGUGGAUGGAGAGGACCCUCCUCUUCUACGGCUACUACGCCGACGACAUUUACACUUUGGACAAGGAGUACAAUCUCUACUAUGACCUGCCGUUUGCCUACGUGGUCACGGCCGUCCUAUACUUCCUGGUCAGCCUCAUCGCCAUUGUCAAAUCUGCGGCCAGAGGUUUCCGUGAGAGGAUAAUCGAAGGCGAAGGCCAGUUCUAUCAGUACUGCAACCUGGUCUUUGGCGGCUGGGACUUUUGCAUCGACAAACCCAAGGGCGCCGAGAACAAGCACAAGGCCAUCUUCAACGAGAUCAAAGGCUGUCUCGAAACUGAGAAAAUCGAGGCCGAGAAGCAGAACCGGUCCAAAAAGGAAAAGUGCCGGCUGCUCUUUUCACGCACCAUGGUCAACAUUGGCAUCAUCAUUUUGCUGUUGCUGUCCAUGCUUACUAUUUACUUUGUGUUCACCAUGUCGAGAAGCCUGUUGGAAAAACCCAUCAGCUCCAAGCAGCACUUCAAGCUCUUCUUCGAGUACAUGCCGUCCCUGGUCAUUGUCAGCUUGAACUUGUUGCUCCCGCUACUCUUCUCAUUUUUGGUCACCUUUGAGCACUACAGUCCCAUCGUGGUGGUCCGGAUCUCCCUCAUGCGCACCAUUUUCCUCCGACUCUCCUCGUUGAUGGUCCUCGGCGCCUCCAUCUACCGUUUGGUCUCUUGCGACGACGACCGUCCAGACAGAUGCACCUGCCAAGAGAAAGGACCCCUGUGUUGGGAAACGUACGUCGGACAGCAGUUCUAUAAGCUGGCUGUGACCAACGCCCUGACAGGCAUUGCGGUCACCUUCUUUGUCAACUUCCCGCGAGCCAUGCUGGCCCAGCACUUUGAGAACUACCGAUUUUUUAAAUUCAUCGGGGAACAGCAAUUUGAGCUUCCCAAUCAUGUGCUGGACGUUGUUUACAGUCAGACUCUCUGCUGGAUCGGCAGUUUUUACUCGCCGCUACUGCCGGCGUUUGCCACCAUCCACUGCUUCCUAACCUUCUACGUCAAGAAAUUUGCCUGCCUCAUCAAUAGCAGGCCACCAUCACAGGUCUACCGCACGUCUCGCUCGAACUACAUGUUUAUGGCGGUGCUGUUAGUGUCCUUUGUGUCAGCAGCCAUAGCUGUGGGCUACUCAAUGGCUGAGGUAGUGCCCUCUCGAUCGUGUGGCCCUUUCAAGGGCGACGAACCCGUUUGGACCACCGUGUGGACGGCCUUCUACAAACUGCCGUCUUGGAUCCAGAAUUUCAUCUUCUUCCUCGGCACGGCCGGCUUCACACUGCCCACAAUUGUGGUCCUGCUGCUAGCCCUGUACUACUACAAUGCAGUCACGGCGGCCAACAGACAGAUGGUGCUUGUUUUGCGCCGGCAGUUGGUGCUUGAAGGUCACGACAAGCAGUUCCUGCUCAGCCGGCUCAGCACCAUCAUCAAGCAGCAGCAGCAGGAAAGGCUCAAAAACAACAUUACCGCUCCUCCGCCCCCAGAAUUUGACACCUUGCUGCCCCCUCCUCCCCCGGAAGUGAUUAACAACACUAGUUGAAACUACGGAAAAGCCAAAGAUCAAUGACUUGUUGAAUGGACAAUUUUUCGUACCGAGUACGAAGGCACAGUUUACCUAAAAAUCAUGGCCACAUGUUUAGCACAUGUUAUUCUUGAAAAAUUUCUGUAGAGGGUUACGUAGAAGUUAAAAAUGAUAAAGGCAAAAGGAAAUUUGCAAUUUCAGUCGCCAACUAUUGUGAAAAGCUAAGUUGAUUAAAUUUUUAAUAUAAAAUGAGCCAAAUUGUUCCAUUUUAAGAACUCUCUCGUCAUUGCAACUAACUAAGGCAAGGAAUUUAUGUGAUCUUUCUGUUCGUCAGUAAUUUUAGUGGCUCACAUAUUUGACCUUUGUAUAAUCUAGUCGCGCAUAAAAUUUAUCUAAUAAUUAUACAACAAUUUUACAUUGCUGGAAGAUUGAUAUCAUGCAAUUCACCAAACAGUGCAAUAGUGAGGACUAUUAUCGAUGUUUUAUGUUAACUACAGCAGCAUCUCUAGGUGAUAUAUUUAAGCCACAACUUUGUAGUCUCGUUGAUCGUAGCAUACGUAAAGUGCAUGAUUUUCAAUGAUUUAACUUGUGUUAUUCUUAACUGAAUUUUAUAAAAAUGACAUACACAUUGAAAAACCGUGUUAAAUGGCAUAUAACGCGACAAAAGGUGUUUUCUUUCAUUGUCCAUUGCAUGUGUUUAUCAAGUCGCGCAAAUUAUCAUCUUGUUGUUAAACGCGUAAGUACACUUUGUAUACCAUCACUCCAUCUUCACACCAGAUGCCAUUGCAACAGCAGUGCUUUGCCAUCGUAACUAGUGUCAUGUAAUUGAUGUAUCAAAAACGACGUUUCUUUUGAUUUUAAUAGAAAAUCCAAUUUGGCAUUUUCCUACCAACAAAAUAUUAAAGGAUUUAUUACAAAGAGGAUAUAUUUUAUUU